AUGUCAUAUACAAAAUACGGUAUCGAAAUUGCUACAAGUCAUGAUAUUACAGGCGAUCUUUAUAGUGCCUAUAUGCAAGUUGAUGAGAGAAUGUUUUUGAAAGAGUUCUCUUUUGAUGAUUACAUAAAUUUUGACAAUACUUACCAAUGUUUUUCAAUGAAUAUUCCUCGGUUUGUUCAAGCAUCGCUUGAAAUCAUUAAUCCACUCGAUGCAUUUCUUCAAGCAAAAGCAGCAUAUGAUGCACAAAAUAAUGGUAACCGAAUUCAAUAUCAUCCACGUUCAUAUCAUCAUCAACCUCAUUAUCAGCAACCAUAUUUUCAACAAUUGAAUCAUCAGCAACAAUAUCCUCAACAACCCUCUCAUCAAGAACGAACUCGUGAACAGCAAGAUCAUCAAUAA